CUAACUUUCCCGGAAGUAAACCAAAAUAAAACAGCUGGGCAGGCGCGUCGCCUCGCUGCAGAAGCUCGAGCUGCUGAAUAAAGCUUCACUUCUGCUUCUGCUGUGUUUUUAUCUUCACUCGGCAGGAUGUCUUUCUCCUCCUCGUUCGGUACGCAGCUCUCCGCCAUCAUGGAAGUGUUAGCGAAGGCUGCGGUGGCCGAGAUAACGAAGCUGGUGGAGGACGGGUCGGUGGUGCUGCGGCUGGAGAUGUGUCGCAAAGACAGCGAGAUCCAGGAGCUCAAGAGAAGUUUGAAGAUAAUGGAGGUUGAACUCUGCAACGCUCAAGAAGCAGCAGCCAAGACCCGAGCGACGGAGGACAAACAGGAGCAGACUGCAUCCGGGAAUCAGGUCGACGGAAAAGAUGAAAAAGAAGAUCAGGGAACAUGUGCAGUGUAUCUGGAACCAAAGUCUUCUCAUUCGCUGUGCGAGCCCGGACACGGAGCAGAGGAGAACCAUGACGUGAGGCCAGCGGUGAAACACGAGCCUGCGGAGGAACUCGCCACCCAGGAAACAACAGACAACCCUGACAUUUGCUUUGAGGCGGGAGAGCGAGAUGACCUGAUGUGGCCUCCUCCUGCUUGCAGAAUGUUUGAGAAAAGCUCUGUUACAAUGCAGCAGCAGCACGUACAGGUUUUCCCCCCUCACGCUGAGCAAUAUGCUGCUCAUAGAAAUACAGAAAGCUCCUAUAACUCUUCAUCAACCGCAGCAGAGGAAACUGCAGGUGAUUCCUUAAGUGUGCCAAUAAAAGUAGAGGUAGAGAUUCGACCUAUGUGCAUGGGAAGCACCGCUUCAGAGUCUGCUCAUAACGAACAGUUCCGACGUGCUCCACACGCUGCGGUCAGUCAGGAUCAGUGCUUGCAGUCUGCUCCGCAACAGGCCGGGCCAUUGCUAGCCCCGCCUCACGCACAGAGGUCCACAGCACCUACAUUAGGGUCAAACAUGGACGUUCACAUCCUAAACAGAAACAACCUGAGAGCAAAAAGGCUAAUGAAUGUUUGGAAAGCGAAUCAGAGACAGUUCAUCUGCUCGAUCUGCAACAGGGGUUUCCCUCGCAUGUCUCAGCUGGAGGAGCACAAGGCCUCCCACCAGCUCUUUAAACCUUUCAAGUGCCUCGAAUGCGGGAAAUCUUUCACCCAGAAGACCCGUCUGAAGACGCACCAAAGUGUGCACACGGGGGAGAGGCCGUACAGUUGCAAAAUCUGCGGCAAGAUGUUUUCGAGGCAGGACAACUGCCUGAGGCACGAGCGGUUCCACAGCGGGGUGAAGCCGUACAGCUGUGGACAGUGUGGUAAAAGCUUCACCGUGCUGGGUAACCUCAAAAUACACCAGGAGAUUCACCUGCAAGGUAGAUAGCGCUCAGAUACUGGCACUCUGAGUGAGAGAAUUUGCACAA